UUAACAGCUUUAAAUGUUGAACAGGUUGAGUCACCAAUGACACUUGCAGGGCGGGGAGAUAGCCUACAUAGAGGGGAAGCAUGCACUUAGACACGUAGAUUAAUAACUGGACAUUGUUUCAAGCGACGUUCAAAGAUGCUUCUCGUGCUAUGCGCGCUGUCGGUGGUGGUCGUGGCAGAGGAGACGCACUGUGGUGGCACGCCCGACCGAUUGUGUGAUGUGAAACCUGAGGCAGUUUACUACAAGGAACCACCGAUCACAGAUUCAGAGGUGUCGUACAAGCAGUUGAAGACUAUGUUUCCCAGCAGCAGUAUUCAACUGUUUGACGUCCGCAAUCCAGAUGAGUUUGAGGCUGGACAUAUUCCUGGCUCCACCAAUGUCCCACUUGGGGAACUCCAGAAGGCUCUGAGACUGAGCUCAGACCAGUUCAAACAGAGGUUUGGAGUACGUGCCCCUCAUAAGGAGGAUAGCAGCAUUGUGGUCUACUGCCAGAGAGGUAGACGGAGUGCUACUGCACUUGACAUAAUGUGGGCUCUGGGAUUCAGCAGAGCUCGUCACUAUGCUGGAGGAUACAGUGACUGGGUCCAGCGUGAAGAGCAGUGAGGUGUUUAAAUUGCUUGCAGGGCCAUUCUGUGUGUUUUGAAUUCUGCUUAUUGGAACAAAAGAGAUUUAGAAAGCAUAGCCAUUAAAUAAUUCAGAGUAGGGGAAAUGCUACACUGGAAAUGACAACACAAUGCUAGUCUUAUUUCAUAGUAAUUGAUUGAUUUUUGAAAUGGUUGUCCCAAACCAAAUAAAGGUCAGGUGUGUGAAUGUUA